ACAUGGAUGCACUAGAGAGAAGUACGAGGUUAUACUUAUGAUCACUGAACAACACCCCUGGAUUGUGUGGUACAUUUUAUUUUAUUUGGAAUGGAGUAGAAUUUAGUAUACACUAUCUAUUUUAAAUGGAGAACUGUAGUUUGUACGUAGCAGCUGCAAGGUCAAUCGUUUCUUCGAGUAUUGUCUGCUGUAUUAGAUGAUAGAGAGUAGUAUGUGCCUUCGUGCGUCGUUGCUGAUGUUAUUCUGGCUCACACGCACGAUUUGUGAUUUGGUGGCGGUUUCGCUUCAGUAGUCUUGUGUGCGUGACUUGUAGAAUUGGGGGCAGAGAUAUAUGAACAGUGAGGAAUGCCCGGUUCUUUGACACCUUUCUUCAAGUCGUGAACCUGCUGGUUUUGGUGAAGAGGACUAGUUCAGACGGUCCAGAGAAUAAUACAUGUAGUCAGGUUGUGGGGCGUCACCAACACUGUUUGCUCCUGUAUUGGCCACUUGAGCUGAUUUUUGGCACUUAUGGCUAUAGCCCAGUUAUUUUAAAAAUGGUAUUCGUACUUGUUUCAGGAGAAGCGAACCCUACCAUGGGUCAAGGUCCGUCUGUGAGCGAUGAGAAUAGCAGGAUCGAGUAUGCAGUGGGAUCUAGGAAAGGAUCGAACCCAAACAUGGAAGAUGCACAUUCAACUAUCCUUGAUCUAGAUGAUUCCAGUUCCACAUCAUUCUUUGGUGUUUAUGAUGGACAUGGAGGAGCUAAUGUAGCAUUGUAUUGUGCGAAAAGACUUCAUAAUGAGCUUGUAAAUGAUGAGGAUUAUCAGACCAAUCUGGAAGAAGCAAUGGGGCGUGCGUUUUCUAGCAUGGAUGAGCAGAUGCAAGCAAAUGAUGAAUGGAGAGCAUUGGCGAACCCACCUCAUGUCGGUCUGAAAUUGCUCGGUUGUAUGAAGACUGCUCCUUGUGUUAAGGGAACCCCAUACCUGGAAGGAACCACAGCUUGUGUCGUUCUCAUAAAAGGACAUCAAAUAAUUGUUGGAAACGUUGGUACCACUCGCUGUGUGCUCUCAAGGGGCCAGGAGGUAUAG